UCAAAGCAUGAGGGAGAAGAAGAGGUUGAAAGUCGAGGAUUUUUGAAGAGGAUUUGAAGCUUUUCCCAUUUGCGGCAAUGUUAAAUUUUUUUCAUAAAAAGCUGAAUUUAUGAAAAAGUUGAAAAGGUGAAACGCUGAAAAGCAGAGGGCCGAAAGAGCUUAAAAAGCUGAAUGUUUUAAUAGCUGAAUGGUUUCAAUAGCUGAACAUAUGCUGAAGUUAUAGCUGAAUGAAAUUUGAAGAAAUCCCCAUAAGGAUGAAUGGGCAAAAUUUUGCAUAAAAAGCUUAAUAUUUCAAAAAGUAUAAAGGAUAGAAAGACACUAAUUAAAGAGCACAAAACAUGAACAUAAUCAAUUCAAGUCAGACACAAUCAUGUAUUUCAUUCAAACGUGUGUGUGUGUGUGUGUUUGCAUUUGUGUGUGUCUAUGGUGAUCAAAGCAAAACAAUCAAGCCAAAUAGAACCUCCACAGCAACAUUCCAUUCCGUGCCUAUAUAAAGGGCAGGUUUGCAGGACAACACUUUGUCAGUCCGAUCUUUCUUCGAACGCAGACACAUCCGUGUUAUCGUGAGAAAGGAAAGUGAGGAACAAGGUGAUGGUAUUUGUUUAUCCGCGACAACAGUACCAGCCGAACAAAAUGGAGAACUCUAGCGAACGCCCCACAGACAUGUCUCGGGAGAAACUUAUCCAAGAGCUCGAAGAUACCAGAGAGCAGCUGAAAAAGCAGAAAACCCUGAAAGAAAUGUAUAUUAACAGGGGUAAAGAGACUACAAGAGAGCUAGAGCGGCUGAGAAAAUACAGCGAUGAUGCUACUCUCAGCAGCGCAAAGAUAGCUACUCAGGUGAGAGACAACACCAGGCAGAAGAAGAAGAAGGAUCUUCAUAAAGAUUACGAGGAGCUGAAGGUUGCCCAUUUAAUCAAUGAGGAGAAGUAUCAAGCUGACCUCCAGGCGGAGAAGGACAAAAACAGUCUUCUUCAGAAAGAACUGGAUCAGAUCAGUAUCUCCUACAAUCAGCUUAAAGUCAGGUAUGAAACUGAUGUCAGAGAGCAAGUUGAGACUCUCAAACACGAGCUUCAGGGCGAAGCCCAGCAAAGAAAACUCCUUCAACAGCAACACAACGAGCUGGAAAUAGCACAAGCAUCCAGCCAGGACAAGUAUACUGCUGAACUCCAGGUGGAGCAGCUGAAGAACAACCUUCUCCAAGACAAACUGAACAAAAUCAGCCAAGGGUAUGAAUCUGAAGUCCUCACUGUGAGACAGCAGGCUGAAAGUCUGCAACGGGAGCUUGAGAAAGAAGUCAAGGCUCACGCAGACACAGUGUUGCGAGACUUGCAGGUCAUUACCAACUUGAAGGCUGAGCAGAACGACCUCCGUCACAGACUGACCGAGGAAAUAAACAAUCUCAUGCAAAAGACCCUGGAGAAGGAGGAAUAUUAUGAGAGACAACUGGAGGAGCUGAAAAGUCAGCUUACUGCUCAGGUCUCUCUCAGCCUUGUCCUCUCCACAGAGCUUAAGGCGUUGAAGGAAGCUGAAAUCACAGAGGAGAAGCCGUGCGAGCAGGAGUCUAUCGCUACUACCUCAGCCCCCGAACUUCUGGAGGUGACCAAAAUCCCCGAGGAGAAGGCGCGCGAGCAAGAGUCCAUCGAUAUUGUUUCGGCCCCCGAACUUCUGGAGGUGACCAAAAUCCCUGAAGAAAAGGCAUGUGAGCAGGAAUCCAUCGCUUCUGCCCCGGCCCUUGAACUUGACAUGACUCAAGUCUCCGAGGAGACUCACCCAGCUAAACCAAAAAAGUCUUCCUGGAAAAGAGUCCGUCACUUCCUGGGAUUGAGGAAACCACAGAAGUGGAAGAAGUGAGAUGGCUUCAACAACUCAAGCUGUCACAGUUGCCAUCAAACAUCAACAUGAAGAACAUCUCUACUGUGGACAGCCAGUAGAUACCACAUGUCACAUGUGGUCGGGCAUGGGUUGGCACUACAUCAGUGUUACAUCCAAACAGCAGCACACUCUUGCAGACAUAGUACGAGGAGCUAAUCAGAAAUGCUUCCCAUACUGUGUCUUUUAGACGAGCUAUAUGUGUGUUGCCUGUGUGGAGUUAAAGGGAUAUAAAGGUGUAAGGUUAAGAGCCCAAGUUGAGAGAUCAAGUUGGCAGACCUCAAAUGGCCUCACACUGACAAUACAUUGCAGUAUACGCCUCCAACAAGAAACUGCCAGCAGAAAGCAACAAAUGAUGCU